AUGGCUUCCAGCACCUCCAGUAACCCUCUGCCCAGUGGCACCAGUGUGUUCACCACUGUUCCAGACCUCUUCUUCAUCCCUGAGUUUAUAUUCGGAGGUCUGGUGUGGACUCUGGUGGCCUCCACAAAGGUGCUGAUUGCGAACCCUCAGGGCUGGGUGAUGUUUGUCUCUGUGUUCUGCUUCAUCUUCACUACUCUGUGGUUCCUCAUCUUCAUCAGUGGAGCCAAUAAGAGCAGCAUCUGGCCCACACUGGAUGUUGUGUAUCAUUCCCUUGCAGCCUUCUUCUACCUCAGUGCAGCAGUGGUACAGGCCUAUGUCACCAUUAGUCUGAAAUCACUUACCAGUACUUUCUUCAAAGAAUACCAAUUAGAUAUUGCUGCAGUGGUGAUGUGUUAUGUGGUGACUCUGCUCUACGCCCUCCAUGCCGUCUUCUCUACGAUGAGAUGGAAGAAUUCCUCAUGA